AUGUACUUUACUCUCUACUUCCUCAUCACCCGCCUCCCUGACACUCUUCGCUCAGUCAGGGACCACUUCCUCGCCCUUGACCCCCAUUCUCUCACCGUCGACGACCCCGAGAAGCACCUCCUCGCAGCAGAGAAGAACAUCCUCGCUGUAGGUGCUGCUCGCGGUACUCCUCGCUCUCCCCUCUUUGAGGGGUGCUCCCCCUCCCCUCUUACCCCCUCCUACGCCUCCGCAGCUACUGCUCUUGACUACCUUGGUGCUGAGGAGGUCGGGGCUGCUUCCGCUCCUAGUGGGAAGCGCCGCAGCGGCAGGGGCGGCAAGGGUGGCAGGGGAGGUGGGGGUGGCGGUGGGGGUGGCGGUGGAGGGGGCGGUGGUGCAGGCGGCGGGGGAGGUGGAGGUGGUGGGGGUGGUCGUGGGGGUGGAGGUGGUGGAGGUGGUUUUGGGGGCGGCGGAGGCACUGGGAGCAGUGGAGGUGGCAGCGGUGGUGGUGGGGGAGGAGGGAGCGGUAGUGGCAGUGGUGGUCAGGGGCAGCAGCAGCAGCAGCAGCAGCGUCAGCGCCAGACCCACACUUCCCAGCAGCUUCUUGACUGGUCCCCACGCUGGUCGCCAGUGCAUUGGGUUUCACACUGA